AUGUCAUACACCCAACUAUUGUCUAAUCUUAUUCAUACUGGAGCAAUUAUUCCUAAAGAGAUUGAGACAACUAAGUUUCCCUACCAUCCUAGGCACGAUCCUAAUGCCACAUGUGGAUACCAUGCUGGAUAUGUGGGGCACUCUACGGAAUCCUGUAUCAUUUUCAAGAACAAAGUUCAAGAGCUCCUCGAUCAGAAGCUAUUAUACUUUACAAAGAAGCCUUGCCAGAAUUCCAUACUUGUGAUCAGUGAAACAUCUGCUGAGGCAAAGAAUAAGGGUCCUCCUACUCAUGUGUUGAUUGCUUCAGCCAUUCAACCUUCUGGGCAAGGCCCCUACCAAGGCUUCCAGUCUGCUAACUCUAUAGUGCAUUCUGCCUAA